UUGGUAUGCCUAACCGGAGUGUUAUCAAUAGAGCUGGCUAUUUCGGCGCUAUUUUAAAUUUUAAAAACACAUCUCGCAAGACCGCGCUGCUGCAUAGUCGUGCGAUCCGGAUCACAAAAAACAUCAACCAUGGCGAAAGUCGAUAUUAAAUAUACCAAGUUGUUCAUCAACAACGAGUGGGUCGACGCAGUCAGCAAGAAGACCUUCGCAACUAUUAACCCUCAAGAUGAAACCGUCAUCACCAAAGUGGCUGAAGGAGACAAGGCCGACAUUGAUAUAGCUGUGGAGGCUGCAGUGAAAGCUUUCUACCGCUACUCCGAAUGGCGGCUUCUAGACGCAUCUCAGAGGGGCAGACUCCUCCUCAAGCUGGCAGAUCUUAUUGAGAGGGAUGCUAAAUAUCUUGGACAGCUAGAAACCUUGGACAACGGCAAACCUGUCGCCCAAGCCACCGGCGAAGCGAUGUGGUCUGCGCAAAUUAUCAGAUAUUACGCCGGCAAAGCUGAUAAAAUCUUAGGAAGCACUAUUCCAGCUGAUGGUGAGGUGCUUACAAUGACCCUUAAGGAGCCAGUUGGCAUUUGUGGUCAGAUCCUACCUUGGAACUAUCCAAUUCCCAUGUUCGUAUGGAAGAUCGCACCUGCUCUUGCCGCUGGCUGCACGGUGGUCGUCAAGCCAGCAGAACAGACUCCCCUCACAGCUCUUGCCGUAGCAGCCCUGGUCAAGGAAGCAGGUUUUCCAGCCGGCGUUGUCAAUGUUGUACCCGGUUAUGGCCCAACAGCCGGUGCUGCGCUUACAAAUCACCCAAAAGUUGACAAAAUUGCUUUCACUGGAUCUACUGAGGUGGGACGCAUUAUCAUGAAAGGUGCAUCGGAUGUCAACCUGAAACGCGUUACUCUUGAGCUUGGAGGAAAGAGUCCAUUGGUCGUUUUUAAUGAUGCUAAUGUUGACGAAGCUGCUGAAAUCGCCCACCGUGCUUGCUUUGCCAACGCUGGACAGUGCUGUGUUGCCGGUACAAGGACAUACGUACAAUCCGGCAUUUAUGACAAGUUCAUUGCCAAAGCUGCUGAAAUUGCCAAGAAGAGAACCGUUGGAAAUUCUUGGGAAGACGUACAACAGGGACCCCAGAUCGACUCAGACAUGUUCAACAAGGUGAUGGGCUACAUCAACGCAGGGAAGAAGGAGGGUGCGAAAUGUAUCGCUGGAGGUGACCGACUGGGCACCAAAGGAUUCUACGUCCAGCCAACAGUGUUCGCUGAUGUCAAGGAAAAUAUGAAAAUAGCAAGAGAAGAAAUCUUCGGGCCUGUACAGAGCAUCCUCAAGUUCGAGACCUUCGAGGAGGUCAUUGACCGCGCCAACGACUCCAACUACGGGUUAGGUGCUGGUGUUAUCACCAACGACGUCGCCACUGCUUUGGCGUUCAUUAGACACAUUCGUGCUGGCUCCGUUUGGGUCAACACAUACGAGGUUGUUACACCACAAACUCCGUUCGGAGGAUUCAGAGAAUCUGGCAUCGGCCGUGAAUUGGGAGAAGAUGGAAUCCUGCAAUAUUUGGAGAAUAAAACUGUCACCCUUAGCCUGCCGAAGAAGCCACGCGUUUAAUAAAAGAAGCAAAAUCGAACUGACAUCAAUGUUAUUUAUUUUAAGUUCCAGUGAACUCUGAAUUUGUAUAUUUUACUAUACAAUGUACCCAAUAAAAUAA